AUGUCACUCUCCUCGCGGAUGUAUACGCGCUCACCGAAUUUCUGCUUUCUGAUUUGCCACCUGACGACACCAGCGACCUACCUCGCCCACAUCGUGGUCCUUCGGCCGAAUCAUCACGUCGUCGACAAGCAAACCGCACGUAAACGGCAGUUGGAGUUGGAGGCUGCUAAAGCUAAGGCCGCUGUUGAUAUGGAACUAGCUGAAGCUGAAGCGGAAGCCAAGAUUAAUGCUGCGAAGAUUAAGGCAAAUAUUAAGUCCGAGCUGCUCAACAAAAAGCUAGCAGCCGAGAUGGCAGAGUUAGAGUCUACAUCACACCGUUCCACUUGCCGUGGCACUAUUUGUGAGAUAGAGGGCUGUAAUCAACCCCAUCAUCGUUUGCUGCACUGGAGUAAGCCACAAAAUGAAAAACCCGAAAAAACUGAGAAUGAAGAGGAGGAUGAGCAUCCCAACCCUGAAACAGUGACUCAUAUGGUGGCAUCCCACUGUCACAAGGUGCUUUUGAAAGCGGUGCCGCUCACUCUUCACGGGCCCAACGGAAGUUUGCAUACGCAUGCCAUACUGGACGAUGGAGCGACCGUGACCUUGAUAUCAGCUGACAUCGCAGACGAGCUAGGAUUGCAGGGCGAGAACGUUAUUAUGCGCGCUCGCAGUGCAUGGGACUCAGGCGAGCUAGUGUGCGGGACCGAGCAAAAUGAUACGCCGGCUGUAAGCAAAAGUGAGACAACGUUACAAUUACAUGUUUUUUGCGACGCAUCUUCGUGCGCUUACGCAUCUGUUGCCUACUGGCGUAAACAACACGGUGACAAGGUACAAGUAUCUUUUAUAGCGAGUAAAAAUCGUGUCGCGCCGCUUAAACCGAUAACCGUCCCUAAACUGGAGCUUCAAGGUAUUGUUGAAAGGGUUUACCCAGGCUCGGACGGCAGGGUUAGAGUAGUAGAUGUUAGAACUAGGUCAGGAGUGAUAAAGCGAUCAGCUGCACACGUGGCCUUACUCCGCGUUAUUGAUUCGUGUCGACAAACCGACACUGGGGGGGAGGAUGUUGAUGACGGCCACGCUGCUUCACCUGGAAUA